AUGGUUGUCACAAGCACUCUGUCGCGCUUGGACGCUUCAAAGCUGCAGGUGUUGCAACUGAGCAAUCCUAAAUCCGUGCCCGGUCCUGAUGAUGGCUCCAUCUUCGACCUCAAAACCACUACUGAUCGCAUGAUUACGGUUUCAUGGACUGCCCAAAACGGCUGGGCCAACCCCCAGUUGGUACCAUACGGGCCUCUGUCCCUAAUGCCCACGGCCAGUGCGAUACAGUACGCCACCGAAUGUUUUGAGGGAAUGAAGCUCUUCCGAGGCCAUGAUGGUCGUCUUCGAUUAUUCCGCCCUCUUUACAACUGCCAAAGAAUGCUGAGGUCUGCUGAACGAAUCUCGCUACCCAGCUUUGAGCCUGAAGAGAUGCUCAAGCUUAUUCGUCGGCUUUGCCUCAUGGAAGCGCCCAAGUGGCUGCCAAAAGAUCGAAUCGGCUCAGCGCUAUACAUACGGCCAACCAUGAUUGGCACCGACAGUAGUCUGGGCUUCAAAGUCCCCGAGGAAGCACAGCUAUGCAUCUUUAUGCUGUACUGGCCCUCGCCCAGCAUGAUUCCCGACAAGUCCCUGCCUGUAUCUAGACGUGGAAUGAGACUCGUCACAAGUAGCAAGACUGCCAUCCGCUCAUGGCCAGGCGGCACCGGACAGGCCAAGAUUGGCGGCAAUUACGGCCCCACGCUGCUCGAGCACAACAAGGCGAGGGCAAGGGGCUACGAUCAGGUCUUGUGGCUGUAUGGCCCGGAUCGUCGCAUCACAGAAGCUGGAUCGACCAACUUUUUCGUACUCUGGAAGACGCCCACAGGAGACGAGGGGCUAAUCUUGGCUGGAAACACGCGACAGACGAUUCUGGAGCUCUUUGAGACCAGCUUUGAGACGCUGGAGCCAAAUUCGCUUGAGCCCUGCAACGUGCUAGAGAAGAGGAUCACUAUGCCGGAAAUUGAAAGUGCUGUUGCGCAAGGCCGCGUGCUUUCUGCAUUUGUGGUUGGAACAGCGGCGUGGAUCCAGGAGGUGGAAGAGAUUAAUGUCGAUGGCCGGCAGCUUCGAAUCAACGUUGGUCAAGCACCCCAUGUGUCUUUUGUUCGCGAGAAGCUAGCUGGAAUUAUGCUGGGCCAAGUUGAAAAUGGCUGGGCUGAGGUAGUGGAUGAGGAAGCGAAUUUUGGAGAUGAAUAA